AUUAUUCAUUAAAAAAAAAUCUAAUACUCUCUUUUAAUAGAAUUGUGCUUUAUCAUCUUUUCUAUAUAUGUUAUCAGUUUAGAUAUUUUUGUUUAAAUAGCGCCUACGUGAUUUUCUGUCAGUGUUAUCAACAGCGGUGCAAUGAAUAACUGACGAAGAUAAAUAAAAACACAAAACAAAUAUGUUAUGUAACUGUGACUUGAGUCACUUGCUCGCCGUAAGUGCGACACUGAUCGCCAUAGUGUUUGCAUACUUCAAGUGGAGCUUCCAGUACUGGCAACGUCGCAAUUUAAACUACCUAAAACCGAAAUUCCCUUUUGGGAAUGCAGAAAGUCCGCUACGACCCAAGGAGUACAUGGGUCUUCGCAUAAAGCGCUACUAUGACAACAUGAAAGCUAAAGGCUGGAAACAUGGAGGGCUUUAUCUUAUCACAAGUCCACGAUACAUGGUGGUUGAUUUAGACUACCUCAAAAACAUCAUGUCGAAGGAUUUUGACCACUUUGUCGACCGCGGGCUUUAUUAUAACGAAAAAGACGAUCCUUUGAGUGCCCACCUUUUUGCACUAAGCGGCCAAAAAUGGCGAAAGUUGAGGGCCAAACUUACACCGACUUUUACCUCCGGUAAGAUGAAAAUGAUGUUCCAGACUCUAGUAGACUGUUUACCUAAUCUUCUGCAAAAAAUCGAAGCAGACUGUGUGCCUAAAGCACCAAUUGAUAUUAAAGAAACUCUAGGAUGCUUCACUACGGACAUAAUUGGCUCUUGUGCUUUUGGUUUAGAUUGUAACACGUUUAAAGAGGAGAAUUCUCCUUUCAGGGAAUAUGGUCGGAAGGGUUUGGAGCUGACACCAUCGCAGGUUUUCCGACUGGUGCUUUCCACAGUUUGGCCCAAUAUGUGUAAAUUUUUCAGACUAACCCUGACUUCUAAAGACGUAUCUGCUUUCUUUUUGAAACUAAUCAAAGACACUGUUGACUAUAGAGAAACUAACACGGUCACUCGUAACGACUUUUUGCAAAUACUCAUUGACUUAAAAAACAAAUCAAGUGAGGGUUUAAGUUUUGAGGAAAUCGCGGCUCAGUGCUUCGUUUUCUUCUUGGCUGGAUUUGAAACUUCUUCCACGACCAUGACUUUCUUGCUUUAUGAGUUAGCACGAAGACCUGAUCUACAACAAAAAGUGAGAGAUGAAAUCAACACUGUUUUAAAAAAUCACGACGGGAUUGUCACGUAUGAAGCUAUCCAGGAAAUGAAAUAUAUGGACCAAGUGAUCAAUGAAACGCUCAGAAUGUAUCCUCCUCUUGCAUUUCUCAAUAGAGAGUGUGUCAAGGACUAUAAAGUACCAGGAGAAGAUGUGAUUAUCGAAAAAGGUACAGCUGUUACGAUAUCAGUACUGGGAAUACAUUACGAUGAAGAGUACUACCCUGAACCUGAGAAAUUCGAUCCUGAACGAUUUAACGACGAAAAUAAGAGAUCGAGGCAUCAAUAUGCCCACAUUCCAUUUGGGGAAGGUCCUAGGAUUUGUAUAGGUAUGCGUUUUGGGUUGAUGCAAUCGAAGGUUGGGUUAACUGCAUUGUUGAGGCAGUAUAAGUUUACAGUUAAUAAGAAAACCCAAGAACCGUUGAAGAUGAAACCAGGCGGCUUUAUAAUGAGUGUUCAGGGUGAAAUUUGGUUGACUGCUGAAAAAAUAGAAAAUUAGAGAUGGACAUAACAUGUAAUGUAAUAUUUUUCGUCAUGCUUAACCUAAGAGUGUGUAAAAAAUGUAAAUAAAAUAUGAAGCGUCGUCAACUUGUUAAAA